CCUUUUUUUUUUCAAGGAACCCAGAGCAGUUUACAUGGACCUCCUCCUCUCCAUUUUCUCAUCAUCACAACAACCCGGUGAGACAUGGAUCCUGAGGACGCAGAAGAGCUGGCAGCUGAGAUGCACGGACGGACUGUGGAUGGCUGGGGCCUCCUGCAAAUUGCAGCAGGCACCGGUUUGACGGCCUACGUUGUGUGGGCUGGAAUUCUCAUGCCAGGCUUCCGCAAAGUGCCUUUACGGUUACAGGUCCCGUAUGUCCCAGCGAGUGCUGAGCAAGUGGAGAAUGUGAUGUCGCUGUUGAAAGGACGCUCUGGGAAGAUGGUAGAUUUGGGGUCAGGAGAUGGCAGAAUAGUACUGGAGGCUUACAAUCGAGGAUUCAGGCCAGCUGUUGGCUACGAACUCAAUCCGUGGCUGCUGCGACUGUCCAGCUAUCGCGCCUGGAAGGCUGGGUGUUACGAGAAGGUUUCCUACCGUCGGGAAGAUCUUUGGAAGGUGAAUCUGUCGGACUGUAAGAAUGUCACUGUGUUCCUGGCACCCAGUGUGUUGCUGCUCCUGGAAAGAAAGUUGCUGAUGGAGCUUCCGGAUGAGGCCCGCGUGGUCGCCGGACGUUUCCCUCUCCCCAGCUGGACACCCAGCAACACGGCAGGGGAAGGUCUCAACAGAGCCUGGGCCUAUGAUAUCAGGACUGUACGUCAAGCAGAGCAGGACAAGCCAGAGGGAAGCCCAGUGUAACGACUGGUCGGCUCAGAAACAUAUGCCUCGCAAGGCAGAUGGGUAGUCUUUCAGGAGGCUGCUAUGGUGGGACGCGCCUUUUUCCAUUGCUGAGCUCAACAGCGUCUUAAGGCUCCAACAUGGGAGAGAAGCACGGAGGAGCGACAUGAUUUGUCCGGAGAAAUCACAUGCACUGAGCUUCCUCCCACCUCCAUCAAAUGCCUGCCGUUCUGGGAAAUUCUCUAGAACUUUCACCUAAAGAUUGGACAGAUAAAUCUGUUUGUUUGGGUUUAAUCUACAUACUUUAUUUUAUUCAUUUGUAACGAGCUGUUGCUAUAUACAUUGUUUAACUUGCCUAUGUUCGUGAUGCAGUGAGCAGCGUCUACUAAGAUCUAGUUCUCAUGGAGGUGGGGAAUUAAAGAAAGAAAGAUCAGAUCCUAA